GGAGCUUCGAGACCGACAGAAAUACCGACGCAUUUCUCGACUUCAACGCUUUUGCUUUUCUAUUAUUCUUCCUUUUCUCGAUUAUCGUUAAAAACCCCUGCGCUUCUCUUUUCUUUCAUCGUGAUAACUGUUUACACAGUUGAGCUGUGCAGAUACCCCAUAUAUAUACCCCGUACACAAUGGCUCCACAAGACCGCCUAUCCCAGGUGUCCUCACACCUGAACUACCCUCAGGGUAUGCUCCACGGGCAGGUAGCAAUUAUUACAGGUUCCGGCCAAGGAAUCGGCGCUGAAGCCGCUCGUCUCUUUGCAAAUGAGGGUGCUAAAGUUGUGGUUGCGGAUCUUGAUGCUCAGAAAUGUGAGACGGUUGCAAAGGCCAUCAAUGAUGCGAGUCCCGGGCGCGCCAUCGCCGUGGCUGGAGAUGUUACCGAUUCAGAAUACUUGAAGAGGCUCGUGCAAAAAGCCGCGGAGUUUGGAAACGGGAAGAUUCAUAUCAUCGUGAAUAACGCAGGAUACACAUGGGACGGUGUAAUUCACAAGCUCUCUGAUAAGCAAUGGGACAAGAUGGUUGCUGUCCACGGAACCGCGCCAUUUAAACUCGUUCAAACCGCCGCCCCCUACUUCCGUGUUAAGGACGGAGAAUCCAGAGUCAUCGUCAACAUCAGCAGCACUAGCGGAAUCAACGGAAAUGCGGGACAAGCGAACUACUCUUUCGCCAAAGCCGGUUUGGUCGGUCUCACCAAGACUAUCGCCAAAGAGUGGGGUCCUCAAUUCGGCGUCCGCGCCAACACGAUCGCCUUUGGCUUCGUUCUCACCCGUCUUACUCAAGCCAAAGAGGCCGGUGCCUUCAUCACCACUGCUGAUGGAGAAAAGGUCUCUCUUGGCAUCCCAACAAAGCAGCUGUCUACGAAGGUUGGCGGCAAUGAGGAAAAGUAUGCUGAUAUCCCUCUUCGGCGACCGGCUUCUCCUACUGAAGCAGCGAGAUCCAUUUUGGGAGUUGUUAGCCCACUGUUGAGCUAUGUCAACGGCCAGACUAUCAUGGUCACUGGUGGACGAAAUAUGUAACAAAUCCUUUCCCUUAAGUCUGUUAAUGCCAUGAUUUUGCCUUGCUGGCGCCGACAAGUGCCCCCAUAUGAUCACUUUGGAAUAUACGUCAACUGUCUAAGCA